GGGAAGGAGGGGUGUGCAACAUCUCAGGUCCAGCCCCCACCUUCCUGCCGUGGUUGUAUAGGGUGUGGACUGGGUAUUGCACAAUUAUUGUGGAGGGCACCUUGAUCAGUAGCUGACAAAGAGCUGCAGGUUUGGUGAAGGAGACGGAGGGAGCGUGAAUAAUGUAAGUUAAGUUAAGAAGCAACUAAAGUCAUGUUUUUUCAUCCGUGGUGGGAAUGCUGUCUUGGAACGUAUGAAAAACAUCUUAGUUGAUAUUCUGUAUAAAGCUGAUGAAUACUGCAGCCAUUGCUGCCGCCCAGGAGUAGUGGGAGUUUGAGUCCAGGGCUUUAUUUUGUACGUUUCUAUAAACCAGAGAGUGUGGACGGGCUGAGGCAUAGAAAAUGUUUCCUUUAAAUCCUUUUACUAACUUCCUUUUCUUAUUUUCCAUCUUUCAAUUUUUUUUUCAUGUACUUUAUUUAUAAAUUAACUUCUUGGGGCUCUGUGUCCUGUCUGUACACAACACUUUAUUUAAAUAAAGUUUAAAAAAACGUUGAUUUGGGGGAAGGCUCACUCCGGUUAGUCCUGCAGCACUGCCAGGGUUAAUGUAGUAACAGGUGCACUGGCCACAUCGACACAGGACUUUAACCCGUGUAUUGAGCAAGUUAGCCCAGACUCAGGCAAAGCAGCGUUUAUGAAGGUUUCCUGUGCAACACGUUGGAUUGAAGUCAUUUUUUCUGUCCUAUAGAGUUUUAACCCCUUAAAGACUAGUGAGAGUUUAUGUCAAAGCUCAGGAACUGGGCCAAUCAGAGCUCCGUAACUACUGUGGUUUAAUUUCAUUGCUUUCUUCUGGCUCCAUAGAAAGUUAUUGUAAUAAAAAAAACAGACCCCACCUCCCCAAAUAAAUAAAUAAAAAUGCUGGAGGGGCUGGGCAGCAUACAAACAUAGUACUUUGGAGAGAAACAAAGAAUAUAAUGUAUGGACUAUUUAUAGGCCUUCACGCUAUACUACAUACGUGAUAACAUACAUAUAAAAUUAUACAAAAACCAAUCAAUGAAGUGUCCUCAUUCCACUGGUAAGGAGCGCGCUGGGCAUGUGCCAACGGAAUCAGCACAAAAAUAACUCUCACCUCCAGGGAGAACAAAGUAAAUAAUUACACUUCAUUAACUUUACAAUGGAUUGAUUUAUUUCUCAAGUUUAAUUAGAUAAACAAACUUCUAUCGGUAGUUGAGUCAUUCAGUGCUACCAGCAAUCAUUUUAACAUCUAAAGGACAACUGUCUAAGCAACGGGACAACGCCCUGCGGGAAACUAGCAAAACAGGAACAUGGCGAGGGGGGGGAAGGCACGUGCAACCUGGGCAACAAAUUCAUUGAACUCAGGUUCAACCACACCAUCUAGAAAGUCAGAACCAUUUAAACCAGAUCGCUAAAUAACAACGGGUCCAUCGUCUCUCUAGCUUACCCACGAGCAUGUUGUGUUUGUUUAUUGGCAUUAGAUGACAUGGGAGUGAAGCCUCAUCGGCAACCAUGGAGAGGAUGGACGUCUCUGUCACAAAUAUUCUACAUUUCUGUACUUUAUAUAAUGAUUGUUUCUAACAUACAUUAACUUUACUUUGCUGGGUGUGGGGGGAUUGCUGGGUGUUGGGGGGCAUUGCUGGUUUGGUGAAGGAGACGGAGGGAGGAUUGGGGGUGUGGGAGGAUUGCUGGGUGUGGGGGGGAUUGCUGGGUGUGGGAGGAUUGCUGGGUGUGGGAGGAUUGCUGGGUGUGGGGAGGAUUGCUGGGUGUGGGGGGAUUGCUGGGUGUUGGGAGGAUUGCUGGGUGUGGGGGAUUGCUGGGUGUGGGGGGUGUGGGGAUUGCUGAGUGUGGGAGGAUUGCUGGGUGUGGGGAGUUGCUGGGUGUGGGGGAUUGCUGGGUGUGGGGGGAUUGCUGGGUGUGGGAGGAUUGCUGGGUGUGGGAGGUUGCUGGGUGUGGGGGGAUUGCUGGGUGUGGGAGGAUUGCUGGGUGUGGGGGGGGUGUGGUUGCUGGGUGUGGGGGGUUGCUGGGUGUGGGGGUUGCUGGGUGUGGGGAUUGCUGGGUGUGGGGGGAUUGCUGGGUGUGGGGGGAUUGCUGGGUGUGGGAGGAUUGCUGGGUGUGGGAGGAUUGCUGGGUGUGGGGGCAUUGCUGGGUGUGGGGGGAUUGGUGGGAAGUUAUGGAGCUGACUCUGUGGCGCUGUGUGCCAGGGAGUGUGUUUCUUUGUGUGCCUGUAAGUACUAAUCUGUGUGUAUAGAUGGGAGUUUGCGUGUCUGUUGCUCGGACGUCUCACUGUGUGUCUUAGGGAACUUCGACCACUUUUUGUGUGAUGGGCUAGAGAUUGAUGGUAAUCCUAAACACGGUGCGAAUACCUUUCCCAGUCCCAUUAAAAUUCAAAUACAUCACACAUUAUAACAGAGCCUGCCUGUUACAAAACCAAACAAAUGACUUCAAAGGAAGUGAUGUGCGCAUGGUGAGCAAUGUCCCAAUAUUAGCAUAACAGAAUAACUGCACUUCUUCCCUCGCAUACUUUUAUUGUCUUGGUGUGUUUUUCCAUUUAUUUAUCUUUUAUCUCUAAGACAAAAAAACUGUAUCCAGUAAAUUAUUUAAAAAAAAUGUGGAGAUUGUUUGCUUAGAGGCGAAAUAGAAUUGCAUGCUGUAUUUUAUACAAUGUAAAUUAGUUAUUACUACUUUAUCUGCUAAGUAACCAUCUAUUUGAUAUAGAAUGCCGAAAACUAUUUUAGUUUAUAUUAACAAUCUUAUAAAUAAGCAAACUGGGGUGGAACUGCAUUCCUGAGUUGAAAAGGAUAAAUUAAAGUUCAUGAAGAUUUCACGUUAUACUUUAUGGGGUAGUUAUUAAUGCAGAUUGAAAAUCUCGCUUUCAGAGCUUGCAAUCUACUGCUAUUGUGUCUGUAAACUGCACAGCCUGAGCGGUGUUUAGCUCUGAUUUCCUUGUAAUUCCUGGAUGCAGUAUUUCCAUUUGAUUACUUUCCAUAAGGCCCAGAUAUGGCUUUAAAGUGAAAAAUUAUCUGAUUUCAGUUUGAAUGGCUUUGUACCGGGCACAUAAGCGAGGGUUACAUUUUGAAGAUUUUAUAAAAAAAAUUGUGUUCAGUAUCAGUAUGGUUAGGUCUCCCAGUGUCCACGUGUAUUUCUUAUUAAUUUAGUGCCUGUGUUUAUCUCCCUUAGAGAGCCCGUUGGGAGUAGCGUCUGAUACAAAGACUUUCUCACUAAAAUUUAAUCUCCAUCAAUCACAAGAAAGGAGACCACACUGGAGGUUGAUUGCAUAAUUUGAAGGAGGCAGAUUAAGCUUGGGAGAGAUCAUUGAGAUCAUUCAGGAGUAUUCAGACAUUUUGCCCUAAGAUUGCGGAUAACUUGCAGGUUGUAGAAAGUAGAGAUACGCACGGUGUGAACUAGAAGUGAAAAAUGUGUGGAGGAUAAAGUCACAGAAAUGCAGUGAAAAGAUAAAGGCUUGAAGAGCGAAGACAAGAACAUGGAUGGAGAUACAGACCCCACCAUGCUGGAUGAACCUGGAAGCAUGCAGCUGGGACAGAACAUAGAAAUCUCACAGUGGGAAGGCAAGAAUUACCAGGGAGGAACUAAUACAUUGGAAGCUAAAUCUGAGAAUAUGAAGAGGACAACAGCGACCUUGGCAGAGCCAGUCAGAAACAUGGGAGGUGCAAAAGAGAGCAUGUUGGAGGAAUCAAAGAGCAUGCACGGAGACUCUGAGAGUUUGCCUGGCAUUAAUGGCCACGAUGAAGGAGCCACUGUUAGGUGUAUGAAUCCAAAAAGCAAGACCAUACAAGAGGAAGUAGAUAAAAUGUUGGGUGGACCAAAGCGCAUACACAGAGAUACUGAAUGUUUGCAGCAGGUAGCUAAGAACAUGGAAGAGAGAACUGAGGUCUUGGGAGGGGAAACCAAGAGCAUGCAUGAGAUUGGGGACUGCACACUGGAUGGAGCAAAGAGAGUGUGGGGAGAUUGUGAAUGUUUGCAGAGUGUGGAAAGGAAAGAUGAAAGUAGAUAUGGAAAAAGGGAGAGUUUUCAGAACAUGGUUGAAGAAAGCAAGACCUUGACAAAGGAAGACAAAAAUAUGGAGGAGGAGGUUGACAGGAUGUUGAGUGGACCAAAUAGCAUGUUGAGAGAUAUUGAAUGUUUUCAGGGGGUAGCGAAGAACAUGGAAGAGAGAACUAAGGGCAUGGGAGAGGAAACAAAGAGCAUUUAUGAGAAGGGGGAGUCCAUGUUGGGUGGACCAAAGAAAGUGCCAAAAGACUGUGAGUAUUGUCAUGUAGUCACUGAGAAUGUGGAAAGGAAAGAUGAGAUUAUGUGUGGAGAGGGGGAUAGAUUACAGGGAGGGACCAAAUGUUUGAAGACUGAAUCUGUCAAUAUACUUUGGGAAUCUGGGACCUUGGUAGAAGAAACCAAAAACAAGGAGGUGAAGGUUGGUGGAAUGUUGGGCGGACCAAAGAAAGUGCCAAAAGACUGUGAGUAUUGUCAGGUAGUCACUGAGAAUGUGGAAAGGAAAGAUGAGAGUAUGUUUGGAGAGGGGGAUAGAUUUCAGGGAGGAACCAAAUGUUUGAAGACUGAAUCUGUCAAUAUACUUUGGGAAUCUGGGACCUUGGUAGAAGAAACCAAAAACCAGGAGGUGGAGGUUGAUGGAAUGUUGGGUGGACCAAAACACAUUGACAGAAACACUGAAAGUUUACAUGGGGAGACUGUGAACAUGCUUGAUAACAUAAAAAUCUUCGCAGAAGAUGCCAAAAAUAUGAAGGAGGCAGUGGACAGAAUGUUGGGUGAACAAAAGAUCAUUCUAACUAAAAGCUUGUAUGGGGUAGAUGAGAGCUUGCAUAAGAAAACCAAUAACUUGGCAGAGAAUGUCAGCAAGAUGGAGGAAGAAGUCAACAGAAUAUUGGGUGAACCAAAUAGCAUUCCAGGAGACACUGAAAGUUUUUUUAGAAUAACUGGAAACAUUGUUGAGAAAAGCAAAACCUUAUCAAAGGAAGUGAAAAAUAUGGAGGGGAAAGUUGACAGAAUGUUGGGUGGACCAAAGAGCAUGGACAGAGACACUGAAUGUUUUCAGGGAGUAGCUAAGAACAUGAAAGAGAGAACUGAGGCCUUGGGAGGGGAAACCAAGAACAUGUAUGAGAAUGUAGAUUGUAUAUUGGGUGGACCAAAGAAAGUGCCAAAAGACUUUGAAUGUUGUCAGGUAGUCAUUGAGAAUGUGGAAAGGAAAGAUGAGAGUAUGUGUGAAGAGGGGGAUAGAUUUCAGGGAGGAACCAAAUGUUUGAAGACUGAAUGUGACAACAUACUUUGGGAAUCUGAGAUCUUAAGAGAAGAAGCAAAAAACAAGGAGGUGAAGGUUGAUGGAAUGUUGGGUGGGCCAAAGUACAUUGAUGAAAACACUGAACGUUUGCAUGUGGUGACUGAAAGCAAUGUUGAGAAAAUCAAAAUCUUGGCAAAAUAUGGCAAAAAUAUGAAGGAGGUAGUUGACAGAAUGUUGGGUGAACCAAAGAGCAUGCAUAUAGAUACUGAAUGUUUGUAUUGGGUAGAUGAGAGCUUGGAUAAGAAAACCAAUACCAUGGCAGAGAAAGUCAGCAAGAUGGAGAAAAAAGUCAACAGAAUAUUGGGUGAACCAAAGAGCAUUCAAGGAGACACUGGAAGUUUGUUUAGGGUAACUGGGAACAUUGUUGAGAAAAGCAAGACUUUGACAAAAAAUAUGAAGGGGAAAGUUGACAGAAUGUUGGGUGGACCAAAGAGUUUGCGCAGAGACAUUGAAUGUUUUCAGAGGAUAGCUAAGAACACGAAAGAGAGAACGGAGGCCUUUGGAGGGGAAAAUAAGAGCAAGUAUGAGAAGGGGGACUGCAUGUUGGAUGGACCAAAGAAAUUACCAAAAGACUGUGAGUGUUGUCAGGUAGUCACUGAGAGUGUGGAAAGGAAAGAUGAGAGUGUGGAGAUGAGUGGAGAGAGGGAGAGAUUUCAGGGUGGAAGCAAUGGUUUGAAGAAUAAAUCUGUCAAUAUACUUUGGGAAUCUGGGACAUUGGUAGAAGAAACCAAGAACAAGGAGGUGAAGGUUGGUGGAAUGUUGGUAGGACCAAAACACAUUAACAGAAACACUGAACGUGUGUUUGGGGUGACUGUUAACAUGGUUGAUAAAAUCAAAAUGUUUGCAGAAGAUGCCAAAAAUAUAAAGGAGACAGUUGACAGAAUGUUGGGUGAACCAAAGAUCAUGCUAACAGAUACUGAAAGUUUGUAUGGGGUAGAUGAGAGCAUGGUUGAUAAAAUCAAAACCUUGGCGGUGGAAGCCAAAAAUAUAGAGGAUAAAGCUAGAAGGAUUGUGGGUGGAAUAAAAUGCAUUCAGGGAGACCUCAAAUGUGUACAUUGGGUAGCUGAGGACAUGGAUGAGGAACAUGAAAUCAAAAGUACAUUUGAUUAUAAUGACAGAAUUUUGGGUGGACCAAAGAGCAUGCAUAGAGACACUGAAAGUUUGCAUGGGGUGGCUUUGAGUGUAGAGGGGAAACUAGAGUGUAUGCACCGAGGAGCAAGUGAUGUGGGGUAUGAAUCUGAGAACAUCAAUAUAGAAACUAAGAUUUUGGGUGAAGUAGCCAAAAUAAUGGAUAAGACAACAAAUUGCAUGUUGAGUAAACCUAAGAGCAUGCAGAGUAGCACAAACAGUUUGCCAGGGCAAUUUGAAAGUGUGGAAGAGGAAAAUGAGAGCAAAUUUGAAGAAGGAAGGAGUUUGAAACAAGGACCGAAAGAUGUAGAGACUGAACGUGAGAGGAGGGAAUGGCAAACAGAGGAAACCAAAUAUAUGGAGAAGAUCACAGAGAGCUCUCAGAAAGAAGUCAAAAGCUUGCUCGAAGGAUCUACAUGCAAACCAAGUCACAACUCUGUAAAACAUGAAAUCUGGCAAGAAAUUGCUCCAAGGAGGGAGAAAAGGAGAAAAAAGAAGAAAAGACAGAAUACAGAUUGUGAAAUAUUUCCUACAUCCCAAAGCAAGUCACCCACACUGCCAGCCAUACACAAAGGUAGGUUAUUUCACAACUGCUUCUGUUUUAUUUGUAAGAAAAAAUAAGAUGGACCUCAUGAUAAGAUGAUAAUAUCUCAAGAUCUUUGUAUCUUGUUACUUAUUUCUUUAGGAUAAAUAAAAAGAUGGGCAUUGUGAAUAGGUUUAGGUUGAAAAAAAAAAAACAAUAUGUAAAACAAUAUGUAAUUGAGUUUAAGGAGUUGAAAUACAAAUAUUCAUCCACAGUCCACUCAAUGCUCACCUUAAGGAGUAGCGAUCUUUUCUCUGACACUCUGAGUGCUAGUACCUACUGAUAAGUGUGGGAGUCAAUUUGUGUGUUUAUGGGUCUAAAACAAAACACAAUAAUCUUCAACUACCAGGAGUUCUCACACAAAAAGGCAAUUGUUUCCAAUCCAAUGGUGGAAUUGGUAGCAUCGGCACUCAGACUGAUAUAGAUAAUACAUAGCAUAGUCUGGCACUAGAUGAUUCCCCGCUGUAUCUUGUAGACAACAUUGCAGGUUAGAUUGUAAGAGAUGAUUCUAAUAGAGAAAACGAUUCUAUUGCAUGAAAUAAGUGUACCGCUGAUCACUAUAAACAAAAGUGAAAAUAAAUAAAUAAAGCAUCACCUUGAGGGCUAUACAAAAUGGCAGCUACUACACAAAAUGGCAUCCAUCAAACCAAAUUCAUCUAGAUUUUGAUUUUAUUCUUUAGUUUUCGGUUUUUAAUAAAGGCCAUUUUUAUUCUCCACUGGCUGAAUAUAUUUGGAGCAUUUCACUUUUGAAAUGAUGCUCUGCUUGUACUAACUGUUCCAUAUGUCUCUAAUAAUGUAUCCGUAUUGCUGGUAGAAUGUCACAAGCUGUUUUAUUGUCUCCGGCAGGUCAUGUGAUCUGGCUGGUGUUAGCGUUGUGCCUGUGCAGAGUUUUUCCCAGUGUCACUGCUAAUGGUAAGUGUGUUUGUGUUAGUGGCACUAACAGAUUGUCACACUCACUAAUGCAGGCUUUCCUACUCUCUGUCUGAUAUAAUGGCACGUGAACAGAAAGAUAAUGAAGAUCUGAGGGUGAGAGAAUUAACACUUAGUUAACAAGUUAAUGAGUGUUUACACAGAAAUAUAUUACAGUGGGGAAAGUGUUAAGAAAAACCUACUGAAAAUGUAAUCAAAGCUUGCGUCUCUUUAAAAUACAAAUAAAUAAAUAGAAUAUGAUCUCAACAGAUUUUCGGAUCCUUAUUGUGGCGGACCACCUGGCACCCCGUCUGGGUGCCUCCGCCAAUCGAUGCUUCCUAGUGCUCACCGAGUACUCCAAGCACUCCACCAGACACAUCAGCACUGUAGUCCCCACUUCCAGCAUUACAGCUUGGUUGGCGUCUCACUGUCCUCCACCCACCCUGGACCCAAGACCAGGAUCCAGUAGGUAGACCUCUCCUGGUUCAGAGAGGGAAACAGGCUGCUCUUACAAGAGCAAUUGCUGUGAUCCAAGGGAGUAUAGUGAUUAUAGCAAUCCCCAGAGUGUGAAUAUAGCUCUCCAAUCCCCCAAACAUGAGCCUAGACUUCAUGAAGGGUAAAAUGAAUCUCUUUAAUGGCAGCCACAACUGGCAUUUUGUAACAGUCCCCAUGCAAGGGGCACUACCCCCUGGAUCUGAGAGUAGACUACAGUAAAAACAUACACACAAUUGCAUUGGCUCUCCAGGACACUCCCAUACAAAACAAGACAAUCCCUCCUCUAUAUACAUCCUUUGGGAGAAAAUUGAGUCAGGAACUGAACUAACGCAAUUAUCUUGCACACAAAACACAACUUUUAACAACACUCCAAAAAUACCCCCAAAACCCAUGGUAAACUCGCAAAUGUUACAUCUCCUGAUAGCCUCGAUCUGGGUGACCAACGUAUCCAAAAAUUACCCAGAUCGGUUCAGGGGUUCGGGAUUUCAAUGGAAGUCAUAUUUUUGACUGACCGCAGGCAUGGUCCUAUGCCCAAAACAGUUCCAGGGAAUCAGGGCUAACAGUCUGUCUCUCUAUCUGGAGUACAAAAGUACAUAACUCACAUGAACAGAGCCUUUUAAAGUGCAUUGGGUAAGGUAUAAUGCAGGGCUCGUAGUCCUGAGGCAAGAGGCUGGCUAGCAGGCCCCUCCAAGAACCCGUGACGAGGCUUAUUUCAGUUUUAAAAAUAGCGUGACAAUUGACACAUGGGAUACAUCUUUGGUAGCUAAAGAUUGAGCAAAACUAAAAGAAAAAAAGCGUUUUGGGGAAAAUUUCCUUUAUCAUACAUUGUUUCUGAUUCGGCUUGAGAUAUCCGCAUUGAAUAGUUAAUAUAAUUUUUCUUAGAAGCAGUAGGGCGUGAACAAAUAAAAUGUUUACAUAAAUGAUGUUAACGUGUUCAGGUAUUCCAAAAAAUAUAUGAAUACUUAUGGUCUUUUUAGAGGCAGACUAGAUAGGCAAAUGGCUCUUAUUUGUCAGCAAUGUGUCUUCAUUUCCUAAAAUUAGCUGCAGUAGUUACUAAUUGCAGGAUGGAGGGCUAGAUGGAAAAUUAUAAAGUAAAUUCGUACUUUGUAUUGGUUUUUGAGAAGUAGAAAGUAUUUGGAAGUUUCUGUUCAAUAUUUAGUCUGUCUCAAAGACAAUACCUUCUAAUUACUCCUCUGGUUCAGUUCUGUGCAGAUAAUUCCAUUCAGACGGUCAUUAGCUACAGCAGGGUUGUCCAACCUGCGACCCCCCAGAUGUUGCUGAACUACAACUCCCCUGUUUCCCUGGCUAUCUGUUUCAACAAAAGAAUCAUGGGAGUUGUAGUUCAGCAACAUCCGCGGGGCCGCAGGUUGGACAAACAAUAGUGAUAGUUAUCACUUCUUAAUGAACUACAAAAAAAAAGUAUCAUGACAAAGGAUGUAUUGGAAAAAUGACCAAUGUAAGAAAAUAAAUGCGUGAACAGCUUCCUAUGUUCGCACAGUGAACUAAAUUACUGACUUUACAUUAAACCAGGAAUGAGAUUUGUCUUUUUAACAAAAACAAAGAAUAUUUACACUCUCAAAAAUGGGAAAAAACUUAGAGAAACUCUGAGUAGUUUGCCCUUCAAUUAGUCCCCGCUCAGGUCUCAAAAAUGUUUUACUCACUUGUGCCAUUAUAGCUAUAUAUUAUUUGUAUAUUUGUUUGCAGACACUCAGAUGCCAAACUCAAAGGGGACGUCUCUGAUAUAUCAGUUUUGUAGCAAGCUGGUGAAUCUGACAGAUGCGACCAUGGUGAUACGGAAUUCGAAACUGGAGGAAAUCUGUACCCUGGCAAAAACACUUCAGCGCUGCAGAAAAAACUAUUCACAUUUCAACUUCACUUUCCGUGAUUCGUGUGUUUACAUGAACACAACAGACCAGGUUUCUGUGAAUUAUGCCAUGGAAUAUGGCAAAUGGAAGAUAAUCCAAUCAGUACUAGUUGGUAUGUCACCAUGUUUUGUUGGCAUUUGCCAGGAUUUUUGCUUUUUUACACUUUUCAAACAAUUUAGCUACAAAAAUGCCCAUAGACUCCAAUAUAGACAUCUGUAGAUAAAUCAUUUAAAUAUGCUUAUCAAAAAGUAUAAAAUUGAGACUAUUAUGUUCAAGUUAAAUGUAUUUAGUUUAGCUUAAAACUGUGUUUGUACUGUGAAUCUAGGACAUAAAAACCUCUUUAUCUAAAUCUCCAACAAUUAGAAGUUGAUGGGCCCGGUAGUAGAAAAUCAAUGUUUUUUUCAGAGUAGUAAACCGUAGACACCAGGCCUUUUCACUUGUAUUCCUCAUGGUUUCAGAUGAGACGAUCCAACCAGAGAUGAAGCUGGUGGGUCCAAUAGGAAACACAACAGUUGGCGAUCAGACUGACGUACGUUUUCCUGCUUGGGCCAUUGCUCCUGUCAUCGUUUCUCUGGCAGUAUUUUUUGGAAUUUUAAUUUACUGUUACUGUUUGAAAAGGUAAGGAAUACACAUUCUUCUAAUUUGAUGGCAUUAGUUGUUCUUUUUCUCUCUUUGCCAAAUAAAUAUUAAUUUAAUGGAUGUUUGCCUUUUCAUGGAGUAGCCAUUUUAUUGGAGUCCCAUGGUGGAAAACAUCAUAGACAUUCACUGCCAGCUACAGUAUGACCUUGUGCAAUGCUUCAAUGACACUCUAUGGUGUACUCUGCCAAUUACAACGGGGACUGCAAAUCUUCCAGCAAAAUGUCAGCUCUCCAGACUAGACGAAAUAGGAGCCCAGAACUGGUUUAAUCAGAUAAACAGCAGAAACUAUUAGAAAAUUUAAGGACAAUUAAUUUUACAUUUGUAAAAGAAGGAGAAAAAUAGACACGGUACUAUAAAUUGUAUUAAAACAUCUUUAUUGUUUGUUUUCAGAAAAAUAGGACAUGUUCAGCUUAAUCUAUGCUGGUAAGUAUCAGGAAAGUAUAAUUCCUUCUGGGUCUAGAACAGAUUUCUGGGUUAACUAGCUGGUUCUAGAACAGGAUUCUUUGUGAACUAGCUGGGUCUAGAACAGGAUUCUGGGUUAACUAGAAAAGGAUUUGGGGUUAUUUAGCUGGGUCUAGAAAAGGAUUUGGGGUUAUUUAGCUGGGUCUAGAACAGGAUUCUGGGUUAACUAGCUGUGUCUAGAACAGGAUUAUGUGUGAACUAGCUGGGUCUAAAAGAGGAUUCCAUGUUAACUAGCUGGUUCUACAACAUGAUUCUACGUGAUCUAGCUGCGUCUAGAACAGGAUUCUGGGUUAACUAGCUGGUUCUAGAACAUCAUUCUGUGUGAACUAGCUGGGUCUAGAACAUCAUUCUGUGUGAACUAGCUGGGUCUAGAACAUCAUUCUGUGUGAACUAGCUGGGUCUAGAACAGGAUUCUGUGUGGACUGGCUGGAUCUAGAACAGGAUUCUGUGUGAACUAGCUGGGACUAGAACAGGAUUCUGGGUUAACUAACUGGUUCUAGAAGAGGAUUCUGUGUGAACUAGCUGGGUCAAGAACAGAAUUCUAUGUAACUGGCUGGGUGUAGAACAGAUUUCCAUGUAACUAGCUGGAGAAGGCUCUAUAAUUGGUGCCUUUUGGUGCCCUUUUGUAACCCAAGUCUGAUUGAUUAUGACCCCAGGAUGAAAAACAGAAAAUAUGAAGUCACUUAACUUGUGCCAAUAUAAUAACUCCCAGCCUUCUUUGUUAGUGUUCGCUACACCUCAGUGAAUAUAACUGAAAAUCCCGAGGACCAUCCUGUGGAAGGAAAUGGACUUCAAACAAUCUCUGAAGAAAAUCUUCCCCUGUCCCAAACACACCACGGAGAAACAAACGGAACCCCAAUGUUAGGGACACAUAGCAGGGAACGUGAUAGAUCAUUCUGAUUAUUACACUUUCUAUGGGAACAAUUCAACAAAAUGUGCAGGUCAACAAAAAACAAAUUCAUGUAACGAUGAUGUUUUCUGAUGUUUAUUGAAUUCUUCUUAUUAAUAUCUUUAUUACUAUAGAAUAGGACUCUUCGUGUGAAAUAAUGUGGCUUUUGUUAUGUCAGCGGUAAUGAAGAUGUGUUAGUGUAGUGAAUGCCUGAACACAUCGUGAACUGCUGUACAUUAAAGCCUUAUCCUUUACUUCCUCAAAAAUAUAAUAAUUAGAAUUACUUUAUUAUAUCUCGUUAAACCGUCUCAGAGUAAUGUAACACUCUGGAAGGCAUUCUAAAUAUUUUAUAAAUGAAGAAAUCCAUGAUGUAUCAAUGUUCCUGCAUGCUGUGUGUUUUACUAAUAUUUAGAUUACAUGUAUAAAGCUAUAUCUACACAUGGAUUUUGUUAUACCAAUUAAUAGAAUAUUCAUUGAUUUCAUGAGGAAUUGUCACCUCGAUUCUUAAACCAUUUAAUUACAUUCAGCCACUUACAGGGAUGGAGACUGCAGUAGACAGGUAUAAAGAUUAAAAACACUCACAUUCCUCUCAUUACAUUGUCCCCACUUGUGGUAUCAUGGACCUAGUAUGAUUAGCAUGAUGUGCCAGGUUGUGCCUUACAAAUUCACAUAUAAUAAAUUCUAAAAAAAGAUCAAAUUAUUCCCCUUGUUUUAACAUAACCCAUGUAUGACUUUUAUUUAGCGAGUGUUAAUUAGUGGAAAGGAAAUGUAAUUCUUUGAUCAGUCUGCAGUGCAUUGUGGAACGGCGCUGCAAUUAUUAGCCAUUAAGGGCUAAAAAUAGGAUAGAGGAUAAAUUAGGAUAACGAUAACUUGUACAGUAAAAUCCCUCUCAAAUUAUUAAUGUCUGUCAAUAUUAUUGAUUUUUAAUAAAUGUUUAUUUCUAAUAUGCUAAGAUUUGGUGUGAAUUUAUUUUGUUUUUAUAGAAAAUUUGGGGAUAUGACACAAUGACUAUUACUAUUCCUGCAAAACGUGUCAUCC